AUGGCUGGCGAGGAAGAUCCCAGAAACAAGCAGUCCCCUUCCUCGCCUGAGAGCUCCCGCCAAUGGCACGACGACGAGAACCCAUUCGUCGCGUUUCGUCGCUUCGCUGAUGAACAAAUCUCCUCCAUGAUGCAGUCCGUAAUGGGGCUCCCAUCAUCUGCUACGUCUCCACAAUCCGGUCAUUGGGCUAUCUUCUCCGACGACCAAGCUUAUCGAGACCAAGUGCGCCAGCGCCAGCGCCAAGACCAGGAGUGCAACGGUGAUGGAAACAAGACCGAUGAAGGGGUUCCAUCCGGUUCUAGAAUCACUGAAUCUUCAGCGCAAAACGAUAAAUACUACCCAGCGCGUUCUUCCAGGCCGCGAUGGUAUGAUCUGGAUAACCGGUUCGAUGUCGACAUGUUCUUCAACUCAUUCUUCGAUCGGUUAUGGCUCGACGACCAUACCACGGCCCGCCUAUUUGGAAUGUACCAUCACCCACUCUUUUCGAGCAUGACGAGUGCCGAAUCUCCCAUGUGGCCUCUUAACUAUCUUAUGUUCAGUCCUUACUCGCCCCUGCAUUUGGAGCGCCAGGCGCGUUAUAGGGCUCGUCGAGAGCAGGGGGUCUUUUCGUCCCUCAUGUCAUCUAUGAGCUUAUCGUCCGAAGCCGAACCUGACAAUGAUGAGCCGAGGUGGCGUGAAGCCUUCGAGGAUCUCUUGCGACUUGAGAAUGGAGAGCCCAUGCUGGAUCGUGACACUGCAGCAGUUGCUAGAUCGGAGCCCCGUAAAGAUUGGCUAGGCGGACUGAUUAAACGCGGUAGUCUGGGCAAGCAAUGGAAGUUUUCUUCGCCCUCGGAGACUCAGCCGUGGUCAAGCAUUAUAUUUGAUCCAUCAGAACGUGACAGCGACGAAGUCCCUUCUGUUCCGGCACCAGAGAAGACCAUUCCGGCCGCUGAAGAAUCGACUACCAAACCUGCGACGGAACUGGAUAUAUACGACCGCUUCCUUGCGGACAUCGACGCUCGCGAACGCGAAUUCUUUGGCGCGCACCACAGCCCGCUUCUACAUUUCCUUUUAGCAGACCGACGGAGAGGCCCAAACAGUCCUCCAUCCGACUACAACGACGACACCGAGGGUUGGCUAGAGCUUGUAUCUGGCGGGAACAAACAUUCUGUCCCUGAGUCGAAGUCUGAGUCCGUGUCCACUGAAGCGCCUGUUGAAUCGUCGACAGUACCAACCAGUACAGAAAUCACGGCGGAAAAACCGUCUGCGGAGAACUAUGUCGUCUCGAACUCAGUCAGCACGGAGCGUGUCCGUCUUCCCGAUGGCUCGAUCCAGACGAAGACCGUAAGGACGAAGAGGUACGCUGAUGGCCGCGAGGAGACAAGUACAUCCACAGAGGUGGUAAACCCGCCUCAGCGAGACCAGAACUCUGGUCAGCAGCCUGAUGAGACAAAAGGCGGAUGGUUUUGGAGAGACUAA